AUGUGCCAAUCUGUAUGUUAUCGUACACAUCAAGUACCAUUUUCCGAAAUUUCAGCAUCAGAUGACGAUUCAUUUGAACCUUUUUUUGAUAAAGAAGUAGAUGAUUCUAUUGAAACACCUAUUGAAGCUGAUGAGGAUCGGGAACUUGACUUAAAAUCCUUGAUUUCAAUGGUUAACUCAGACGAUAUUUUAGAAAUUUGGAAGGUCUCUCGGUAUAAUUUUCCGAAGUGUUAUCAACAUGUGAUUUUGCUUAAUACCGGAGAAUAUUUAUGCACUUGUUUCAUGCUUGUAACGCAUGGUAUUAUAUGCAGACAUUUUUUUAAAGUGUUUGUUGAAACUCCUAAAGCAUAUUUUCAUUUGGUGUUGAUUCCCAAGCGUUGGUAUAAAGAUGAAUAUAUCACUUCAAGUGAUAUCUCUUCUAGUGAAAUAAUAAUGAAUAGUUGCCAAAAUGAUCAAAAUAAUACACAAAUCACUUUAGAAUUUACGCGAAAAUAUACUGUAAAUGAUCUUUCAGAGAGCUAUUCCAGGCAAAUAUCACAAAAACAAUUGAAAUUUGGUACUUUAAUGGGUGAAGCCAAAAAGGCAAUUCAAUUUGCGAUUCAAGAUGAUGAUGAAGAACUAAUUCAGUUUAUAAGAGAAUAUAACAAAAGAAGGGAAGCUCAAUUAAUUCAAGCGGAAUCAAUUAGACAACAAGAAGAUUUAGCAAGAAGAAAAAUGAUUGCAAAUGAUAAUCGAGUUUUUCAUAAUACAAGGGGAGUAUUGGUUGAUUCUAAUCAAAUAAUGGAUCCGUUAAAGCAUCAACCAAAGGGUAGACCCGCAACGAAGCGGUUAAAAUCAUCUUUUGAAAAAUCAGGUUCAAAUAAAGUCAAAAAUGGGAGUGAACAAGCAAUUUCUGGUGAUAAAGGUCGUAAGUGUGGUUUAUGUGGAGAAAACGGUCAUUAUCGUAAUACUUGUUCAAAACAAUAA